AUGAAGUUCGUCACAGCUGUCGCGCUCUUGGCCUCCACUGCUACAGCUUUGGAAUGGCUCCCCAUCGUGCCUCUUCACGCGCGUCAGGUCACCAGCGGAGCCAAGUACGAGUGCCACGAGAACUGCGGCUAUGCAAUCCUUGGAGCAGCUGAGGACGGCUACUGCACCAACUCCACCUGGACGGACUACUUCGAGGGAUGUCUUCAGUGCGCGAAUACCUUUGACAUCUGGCAAUACUACGGAGACGGUGUCACAGAAGCCGCGGACGGAUGUAACCUUGACGCGACGCCUGUCACUGCUUCGAACAGCACGAACAACGCGACUACCACGGCAGGGACAUCCGGCACCGCUGGUUCAUCUUCCACAGCAUCUGCCACCGGCUCGAGCUCGUCUGCUACUUCGAGCACCGACGCCAGCGCUGCCAAUAGCAACCAGCCUGCCACUAUCGCCUUUGCAUUGGCUGCUGUUAUGGCCGCAACUCAACUCCUGUGA